AUGCCAUUAUCUACCCAGGAACUAUACCAGCGCUGCCGGGCAGACAGAGGCCCCAGGAACAACUCGGCAGUCGACGAAGGAGCUGGCGGGGCAACCUUGCACCAGAAUCCACCUCAUCAGCCGAUGGUUGAGCAAAGCCUUCGACUUCCCGAUCAAGUCCUUGUCCACGGCGUCCACGCGCCAGUUCACGUCACGGUCGUCGUUUACGACCUGCCGUACUGCGAAAACGUCAACAACCUGUUGUGGUUGUUUGGCACUGGACUUUACCACAUUGGCGUGGAGGUACAGGGAGUUGAGUGGAUCUUCAAUCCGGUGCCGGAUGCCAGAGGGCGUGGUGUACACCAGUUGCCCUUGAGACACAAAUGCCCACGCAAGCUUGUGCCUCUUGGCCGGAGCGUGCUCAACGCAGAAGAGGUGGCUAUAGUCCUGGACCAGCUAGCAAGCGACUGCAGCGACUGGCAAGCCUGCCACUACCACUUGUUCGAGCGAAAUUGUGGGCACUUCGCCAUGGAGGUCUGCCAACGUCUGCAAGUUGGCCCCUUCCCCACAUGGGUGGGGUCCUUGGUCCGGUGCUGCAAGACCUCAAAAUGCAUCCAAUCCAAGUCUUUGAUCCUGGACAUGCAGCUGCACCAUGCCUUGCUUUCGCCUUUGGGCUCUAGUAUCCUUUGGUGGCUUUGA